AAUUUUCUUCAGGAACAAAUACAAUUCCUUAACCAACACCAAUCUCAUAGAUCAUCUCUCUUCCUCUCUCUCUCUUUCUUAUAGAGAUCUUGUAAUUAUAUAAUCUCCUCUUUGUAAUACUUAAAGAAGAAAAAGAAAAAAAACUCAAAUGGAGGUUAUAGCACGCAAGAUCACUAACGGAGGAGGAUCAAUCGACGCUAUGUUAUGCGGUGUAGAUAUCAAGACAAAGAACAUGGCGAUCAACGAGGCUGAUCCUCUCAACUGGGGAGCCGCGGCUGACCAAAUGAAAGGCAGCCAUUUGGAAGAGGUGAAGAAGAUGGUCGAGGACUUUAGGAAGCCUGUUGUCAAUCUUGGAGGUGAGACUCUCACCAUUGGACAAGUCGCUGCGAUCUCCACCAUUGGUAACGGUGUGAAGGUUGAGCUGUCCGAGACUGCUAGAGCCGGUGUCAAUGCUAGCAGUGAUUGGGUUAUGGAGAGUAUGAACAAAGGCACUGAUAGUUAUGGUGUUACCACUGGUUUUGGUGCUACUUCUCAUCGUAGGACCAAGAACGGUGUCGCACUUCAAAAGGAGCUUAUUAGAUUCCUGAACGCCGGAAUAUUCGGAAGUACGAAAGAAACAGGGCACACAUUGCCACACUCCGCCACAAGAGCUGCUAUGCUUGUACGGAUCAACACACUCCUCCAAGGAUUUUCCGGUAUCCGAUUCGAGAUUCUCGAAGCUAUCACUAGUUUCCUCAACAACAACAUCACGCCAUCUCUCCCACUCCGCGGUACAAUCACCGCCUCAGGAGAUCUCGUUCCUCUCUCCUACAUCGCCGGAAUUCUCACCGGCCGUCCUAAUUCCAAAGCCACUGGUCCCGACGGUGAAGCUUUAACCGCGGAAGAAGCUUUCAAAUUAGCCGGAAUCAGCUCCGGAUUCUUCGAUUUACAGCCCAAGGAAGGUCUUGCGCUUGUCAAUGGCACGGCGGUUGGAUCUGGAAUGGCAUCGAUGGUGCUAUUCGAGACUAAUGUUCUCUCAGUUUUGGCUGAGAUUUUAUCCGCGGUGUUCGCGGAGGUGAUGAGUGGUAAGCCUGAGUUCACCGAUCAUUUGACUCACAGGCUUAAGCAUCACCCUGGUCAAAUCGAAGCGGCGGCGAUAAUGGAGCAUAUCCUCGACGGGAGCUCGUACAUGAAAUUAGCUCAGAAGCUUCACGAGAUGGAUCCUUUACAGAAACCUAAACAAGAUCGUUACGCUCUUCGUACUUCUCCUCAAUGGUUAGGUCCUCAGAUCGAAGUGAUCCGUUACGCAACGAAAUCGAUCGAGCGUGAGAUCAACUCCGUCAACGAUAACCCGUUGAUCGAUGUGUCGAGGAACAAGGCGAUCCACGGUGGUAACUUCCAGGGAACACCAAUCGGAGUUUCCAUGGACAACACGAGAUUGGCGAUUGCAGCGAUUGGGAAACUCAUGUUUGCUCAGUUCUCAGAGCUUGUGAAUGACUUCUACAACAAUGGUUUACCUUCGAACCUAACCGCAUCGAGGUAUCCAAGUUUGGAUUAUGGUUUCAAAGGAGCUGAGAUCGCAAUGGCUUCAUACUGUUCAGAGCUUCAGUACUUGGCUAAUCCUGUGACAAGCCAUGUUCAAUCAGCAGAGCAACAUAACCAAGACGUGAACUCUCUUGGACUGAUCUCGUCUCGCAAAACUUCUGAAGCUGUUGAUAUUCUCAAGCUUAUGUCAACAACGUUCCUCGUUGCGAUUUGCCAAGCUGUGGAUUUGAGACAUUUGGAGGAGAAUCUGAAACAGACCGUGAAGAACACUGUCUCUCAAGUGGCCAAGAAGGUUCUUACUACUGGAGUCAACGGUGAGCUUCACCCUUCUCGAUUCUGCGAGAAAGACUUACUCAAAGUCGUGGACCGUGAACAAGUCUACACUUACGCUGACGAUCCUUGUAGCGCAACGUACCCGCUAAUCCAGAAACUCAGACAGGUGAUUGUCGACCAUGCUUUGAUCAACGGUGAGAGUGAGAAGAACGCAGUGACUUCAAUCUUCCACAAGAUUGGAGCUUUCGAGGAAGAGCUCAAGGCAGUGCUACCGAAAGAAGUGGAGGCGGCGAGAGCGGCUUACGAUAACGGAACAUCGGCUAUCCCGAACAGGAUCAAGGAAUGUAGGUCUUAUCCUUUGUAUAGAUUCGUGAGGGAAGAGCUUGGAACAGAGCUUUUGACCGGAGAGAAAGUGACGUCCCCCGGAGAAGAGUUUGAUAAGGUUUUCACGGCCAUUUGCGAAGGCAAAAUCAUUGACCCCAUGAUGGAAUGUCUCAACGAGUGGAACGGAGCUCCCCUUCCCAUAUGUUAAGAGUAAACUCCUCUGUUUUUUUCUUCUUUUUCUACAUGUCUGAAUAAAUAUUACCAAAGGAUUGUAUGUGAAGUCUUUUUUUCUGUCUUUGUCUAAUUUAAAUUGUGUUGUAAAACUCAUUGUAACUUCUCAAAUGAAGAAACAAUUUUUCUGUUA